GUGUUGGAGGUAGCUAGUAGCUUAAGCCAGGCGAUCGAGAUGGGGAGGAAGCCGUGCUGCGCGAAGGAGGGGCUGAACAGAGGGGCAUGGACGGCGACGGAGGACGACGUGCUGGUCUCCUACAUCGCCGAGCACGGCGAAGGCAAGUGGGGAGCCCUCCCAAACCGAGCCGGGCUGAAGCGGUGCGGGAAGAGCUGCCGGCUCCGGUGGCUGAACUACCUCCGGCCGGGCAUCAAGAGGGGCAACAUCUCCGGCGACGAGGAGGAGCUCAUCCUCAGGCUGCACACUCUCCUCGGCAACAGAUGGUCGCUGAUCGCCGGGAGGCUGCCGGGGCGAACAGACAAUGAAAUCAAGAACUACUGGAACAGCACCCUCAGCAAGAGGGCCACGCGACGACGGAUCACCACCACCACCACCAUGCCGGCGGCCACCAGCAGCGCUUCACGCCGGCGGUCGCCGGAGCCCCGCGCGGUCGUCAGCCCGAUCCGGACCAAGGCGCUGCGGUGCAACAACAACAGGGCGCUGCAGCAUGCCGCCGCCGCCGCCGCUUGCUGCAGCCACGACGGCCGUCCACCGGGGAUCGCGCCACCGGGAGACGGCGAUCCCGCAGGAGAGGCAGCGGCGGCGGCGGCGGCGGCGGCGGCUGAUAAGGUGGCCGCGCCGCAGGCGGUACUGCUGCAGCAGCAGCAGCAAGAGUUGGCCGGGGUGGAUGACGACGACUUGCUGCCGGCCGUUUGUAUCGACCUCGACUUGGACGACAUCGAGCUGGGACUCGACGGCUUCCUGAGCCCGUGGAACGGCGGCGGCCACGACGCCGCCGGAGCGGGGCCGACGACGCCUAUUGGCUAUGACCUCGCUGGCGGCGGCGAGGCUGUAGACCUGGAGGCUCUGCUGCUGGGGCAGCUGGAAGCGGGGGAAGACGUCGACGGUGACCGCCACCAUCAACAACAGCAGCAGCAGGAGGUGCCUUCCUCGUCUCCGGGGAACGAGGACGACUACCUGGAGUUGGCACCAUGGCUCUGAUAUAUAGCUGCAUCCGCAUCCAUGGAUCAUCAUUCUGCAAUCCGUCGAAUGCUCUGAGUCGAUCGAAAAAGAUGAGUGAUGAUCAUCGAUCAACUAAGCGUGGGAUUAAGCUAAGCUAGCUUCUGAAGAAUUAUUGACGUAGUCAGAUGAUCAGCUCCUCCGUCUCACUGUGCAGAUUAUAAUGGAGCAGGAUCAAUAAACCCCAACAAACUGCGCAUUGAUCAAAAUAUGAACAGUGUAUAUACUGACUAAGUAAGAAAAGCUGUGGAAAAAGAAAAGUGCAGUGAUUCUCUU